CAUGCCACACAUGGUAAGGUCCACACCUCACCACCAGUUGAUUCACCUUAGUUUAAUUUACAGUCACUACUUUAAAAUAUCCUACUUAUUCUUCAAUAUUGUUUCUUUAUUAAAUGUAUUUAUUUUUCCAUCACACCUUCCAAUGUUUAUAUGGCGUGCACACAUAUUAACCUUGCAAGGUCUAAGUUCUGUUUUUAUGUUAUAAUAAUACAUCUCUCUUUGUUUGAGUUACCUGGGGGUUGGCGUCUUCUCCUUCUGUCUGGCAAAAGGUGUGGCAAAGGGCUGGGAGAGCUGAAAUACAACUGACAGCCUAAUUGGACAGAACCACAUGCUUCAUUGCCUGGGGGGUGUUUCAUGUUUGUUUAAUUGUUUUGUAUUAGUCGGUUAUAUGGCAGCCAUUUUGUUUUCCCCCGUGUGUGUCAUUUGGUUUAGCUAAACCAGUAUUUAAGUUCCCCCGUGUGUCAUUUCAGGAGGUCAGUUUACCUUAUGUUUGUUUGAGGUUUUGUUAACUAUUAUCUUGAGUUUAGUCUAUUGAGUUGAUCUCUUUUAUUGGUCUGCCUGUUUAAGUUUUGGCUUUGUUAAAUAUAUUUUCAUAUUUUUGGGUCAAUAAAACCCCUUUUUUGAAUUAAACCACCUGUGUCCUUUAUGCUUUACUGCUUGGUCCCUGACAAUUGGUGGCAGCAGUGGGAUCAUCCAGUAUUGGACACAGGUUUUUUCUUUCUUUUUUUUUCUUCUGUUUUUCCCCAUGAGGAAGAAGAAUGCAUCGUGGUGGCAAGAAUGAAAAGAAAAAGGGAUCUGCUCAGCAAACCUGCGAAGAGGAGGAAAAUGGAGCCUCAGGAGUCACUGAAAUGGUGGAGAGAGUGGAAAAGGAGCCUACUUUGUCUGAUCUAGUCAAUAUGCUACAUGCUCACAUGGGACAACAGGAUGUCCGGGAUGCAAAACAGAGUGAGUUAAAUGCACGACAAGAACAGCGAUUUAAAGCCCUUCAACAUCAGUUUAGACUUCUGCAGUCAGAAAUCCAAGUCAGAACAUCACCAUCAGAUUCUGCAGAAGCUCGCUCUGAUUCAUUAGAGUCUGAUAAUCAUCCUUCUUCCUCUGCUCAGCAGGCCCAGGCUGAACCCGUUAUGACUAAUUCCAAUCCAGCCAUUUCACCAGCAUUUCAGUUUCCCCCUACAAAUAGAGGGUAGAUUGGAAAGAUUAACUGAAGCUGAUGAUAUUGAACAUUUCCUGAUCACAUUUGAACGUAUGGCUACAGCUUAUCGAUGGCAGAAAUCAGAUUGGGUUUUUUGUUUGAUACCCUUGCUUACUGGUAAAGCUAGAGGUGCCUACGUUCACAUGGACAUUGAUGAUUCAUUAGACUAUGAUAAAGUGAAAUCAGCUAUUCUGUCAAAAUAUGACAUUAACCCUGAAACAUAUAGGCAAAGAUUCAGAUCCCUGGACGUUCAACCAGAUGAAAGCCCUCGUGAGCUAUAUGCGAGACUGAAGGAGCUUUAUGGGAAAUGGAUCCAGCCAAAGGGUUUGGAUCAGAGAACAUAACCCUGGUUCAGCAAUGGAAGCGGCCCGGUUAGCUGAUGUUUUUGUUGCUGCCAGAAAGAAGGGGCAAGCAUGGAGCCAUAAUGCAUGGAAGGCAUCGAGGGACACCCGGAAGAUACCUCAGCAAAACCAUCUGGAUUCAGCAAAUACAAGCACCAGUAAGACCCCUCAGUCUACCACUAGACCACCAAAGGCCUCCGGUAAGAAGCUCAUUUGUUAUCUUUGUGGAUUAGAGGGCCAUACGAAACCCAUGUGCCCAAGAAAUUCUGCUAAAAUGGUGCAAAUGUGCUUUGCCCCCCGUUCUAAUGUUGAUCCUGAGCAGGAGAGUGACAAAUCCAUCAAAAUGAGUCAGAUUGAAGUGAAUGGGGUUCUACUCAAUGCCCUUCUUGACUCUGGCAGUUCUCGGUCUCUUAUUCACUCAGAUUUUGCCCCACCUAAUAUUGUUCGCACCAGUGAUACAAUUUCAAUCUGUUGUGUCCAUGGAGAUGAGAAAAGAUAUCCGACAGCUGACAUCUACAUUAAAGUUCAGGACCAGAUGUAUCUGCUGAAUGUGGGUGUUGUGAACAGUUUGCCUUACUCUGCCGUGUUAGGGCGAGACCUUCCUGUGCUUUUUGAUUUGUUGGAGUCUGAGCAGACUGAGGAGUGCAAUGUAGCCGUUACCAGAGCUCAGGCUAAGCAAGUCAGUACCCACUCUGAGAUCCUGAGUGCCCUGCCUUUUUUUAAUGAGGAGUUUGAAACAACUGUGGUGAAGCCACGAAAGACCCGCAGACAAAGAAGGCAGGAGAAAUUCAAAUUUUCACCUGUGGAGACACUAACAGACGCUGAGCCAACAUCGUCACCUCUAGGGUUUCAUAUUCCAACUGAAAUUGCUGAACUCCAAAAAUCUGAUCAAUCUUUAAGAUCUCUUUUCCAGAAGGCCAAAGAAAAGGAACCUGGAGCGGAACCGGUUCUCAACAGUGAGUACAUCUUAGAGAAUGACAUUCUCUAUCGUCAGCAGGGGUCUGUGUUGCAGCUGGUUGUUCCCCAGAAGGUGAGAAACGCCAUUCUCACCUUGGGGCAUUCUAUUCCGUGGGCUGGCCACCUUGGUAAACACAAGACCACAGCUCGUAUCAAACAUCAUUUCUACUGGCCCGGUCUUAGCAAAGAUGUGGCUCAGUUUUGUAAAAGUUGCCCACAGUGUCAGAUAACAUCUGUUAAAAUUCCCCAUAGAGCUCCACUCCAACCUCUCCCUGUCAUCGGCACUCCUUUUGAGCGUCUUGGAAUGGAUAUUGUAGGGCCUGUUGAGAGGAGUAAAGCAGGAAAUCGUUACAUGCUUGUUGUAACAGAUUAUGCCACAAAAUAUCCUGAGGUGUUCCCUUUAAAAUCUAUAAAGGCCAAGCCCAUUGCAUUUUGUUUAGUGCAGUUUUUUGCAAGAGUUGGGUUUCCACGAGAAAUACUAACUGAUCAAGGCACUAACUUCAUGUCUACUUUGUUAAAGCAAGUUUAUCAGUUGUUGGGUAUCCGGAGCCUGAGAACUUCACCAUACCACCCUCAAACUGAUGGGCUGACAGAACGCUUUAACCAGACAUUGAAACAGAUGCUCAGAAAGUUUGUCAACGACAGUGGUAACGAUUGGGAUCAAUGGCUGCCAUAUCUACUGUUUGCUUAUAGAGAAGUCCCCCAAGCCUCCACAGGUUUUUCCCCUUUUGAGCUGUUGUAUGGUUAUGAGGUUCGUGGCCCUCUAACUCUGUUAAAGGAGAUCUGGGAGGGAGACAAGGCAGAGGAGGGACCAAAGAACAUUUUGUCUUAUGUCAUUCAGAUGAGAGAACGGUUGGAGAAAAUGAGUGAACUUGCUCAAUCACAUAUGGUGGAGGCCCAGCAGCAGCAGAAGUCUUGGUAUGAUAAAUCUGCUCGUCAGCGUUUGUUUGAGCCAGGACAAAAGGUGCUCGUGCUCCUCCCCAGUGACAACAACAAAUUGUUGGCAAAGUGGCAGGGGCCAUUUGAAGUUAUGAGGAAACUGGGACCCACCACAUAUGAGGUGUCCACCCCAGGGCAGUUGCGCUCCAGCAAGGUCUUACAUAUAAACCUUCUGAAGGAGUGGGUGGAGCGUAUUGAACACAAGGCGGAUGCAAUGCUCAUACGGCGAGUGUCUGAAGAAGAUGAAGCAGAUGAGCAAUAUCUACCACCUGCUGGCUCUCUAGAUUAUGAUCUCAGCCAUCUCCCAGAGGACAAGCAGCAGCAGGUGAGAGAAAUGUGUAAAUCAGCAGUCUUUCAAGAGAAUCCAGGGAGAACUGACAUUGUCGAACAUGAUAUUGUGGUACGAGAAGGUGCCUCUGUGAGACGAUUAAGUUACAGGAUCCCAGAACGUCUGCUGCCUUCUUUGAAGAAGGAAAUCGAUUUGAUGCUGUCCCUAGGGAUCAUUGAAAGAUCUAAGAGCGAAUGGUGUAACCCUGUGGUCUUGGUACCCAAAAAGGAUGAGAGUAUGAGGUUCUGCAUUGAUUUCAGGUACCUGAACUCCAUAUCCAUGUUUGACUCCUACCCGACACCAAGAAUUGAUGAUCUACUUGAACGUCUGGGGAAAGCAAGGUACCUGACCACAAUAGAUUUGUGUAAGGGUUACUGGCAGGUCCCACUCACACAACGGUCCAGAGAGUUCACAGCAUUCAGAACACCAUGGGGGCUUUUCCAAUUCAGUUUUGCCAUUUGGAUUACAUGGAGCUCCAGCCACUUUCCAACGGCUGAUGGAUCAAGUAUUACAUGACUGCUCUGA